ACAAAGUAACAGAUGACGUUGAUAACUCUAUGAAUACUUGAGGGAAAAAACUGCUACCUUUUGGUUGAAGAUUGUUUCUUUCUUUCUCCAUAGGCCCAAUGUUCGGCUAAUUAUGGUGCAUGUUUAUGUUAAUUUAAAGUAUAUUACUAUGAAACUAAAUCUCGGUUAGAUUUAUUUAGCAUAGAGAAAUUCUGCGCUUAUCUCAAACAUGAAUAAUUUGUUUUCCAAGAAAACCGUCAGUGCAAUUAUCGGUACAUGUCUAGUUUGUACUGUGAUUCUACUGUAUCAAUGUCUCUCAAUCAGGAACAUGGGCUACUUUAUUUCUUCAAGAGUGGUCAACUCCGUGCUGUAUGAUUCGACCAUCAGGGAUUCGAUCGCACGACUAAACGAGAUUAUCUCAAGAGACACAGACGCGCCCAGGAUUAUAUUCUCCAAUGUCUGCAGUAACAAAUCACGAGGGGGUUGUAUAGCCAACUGUUCUAGACCUUUGAACCCUGACCCCGAAACCCGGUUGCUGGACAUUCUGACGUCACCAAGCUUUACCUUAUCCGAACACCAGCGUCGUCUGAUCCUGUCCAUGGGCCAGGCCAUCCCUGAGAGUGACGUCAUCUUCGUGUCCGCCAGCUCCUCCAAUCACUACGACGAGAUGCAGGACAUGUUCUAUAACCUGCACCAGACGGUGUAUCCUCGUGUCAACAAUUUCACCGUUGUUCUCUUCGACAUUGGUUUAACAGAGGAGCAGAGGAUCAUGACAGAAAAACACUGCCGGUGUCAAGUUGUGAAUUUUUCCUACGAAAUGUUUCCACCGCAUGUCAGGGAAAAGCUUUGUUACUCAUGGAAACCUCUACUGAUAAGAGCUACUAUAGAAAAGGCAAGGAGACUUCUAGUGUACCAAGACAAUUCCAUCAGAUGGACUGACCGCAUUCAACAGGUGCUUGAUAGGGCUUUGGACAUUGGUAUCCAAAACUUUCGGUGUGCUGGCGCGGCUAGGAUACCCCUAAACACUAUCAUUCAGACGUUCAACUACUUCGGGGAGGCUCCUUGUGCCUUCAACAUGUACCCAGAGUUUCUUGCAACCGUGUCCGUGUACAGGAAGGACGUAUUUAGCAUCCGGGCAGUUCUGGAACCAUGGGCCAGGUGCGCGCUGGAGCCGGAGUGCAUGUGUCCGGUCAUCCCCCCUAAAAAGGUCAAAUUGUGUGCGGGCGAGUACAAGGAUCAUCGAUGUCAUAGAUUUGAUCAGUCAGCAUUAGGAAUGAUAACUGCGAAGAUAUUUGGUCCUGAAAUAUACCGAGUGCUUGCUCCCGAUUUUUCUCGAUUUCUCGGCGUCAACCGUGGGUCAAGGAAGCCUGAUUAUUUUAAUUCGACCAAACAUUAA